CAGCAGCAUUCUAUUAUCAGCAUAUGAUCAGUAGCUCGAACUAAAAUGUGAGAAGGAAUCGACCGCUCGACUACCGCUCUGUACCGCAGCGUCAGCCUUCGCUUUUUGCCAAACGAAUUAGCCUCGCACAAGUGGGGCAUGUGCAGCGGUUACGUGUUCCUAAUGAUAUCCCACAUUCAUUCUUCACACCAUCAUAUUCGACCGAUUCGGAAGUAUCUGACUCAAGCCUCCUUUUGCCUCCGAAACACGUAGCAUUGUUAUUUUUAGGUUGGCCUAGUCCUAUUGUCUACCCAGGAUGUCGGCCAUGGAGCAAGGCGAAGACCCCAUGCAGCGACUGGAAAUAACAAAGGGCGGUGCCCUAGGUUGCGGAAGCUUUGCAGUGGUUUACCGUGCCACAUGGGACGGCUUUCCCUGUGCACUUAAGGUGCUCCUUCCCCAACAUGCAAACCUCGCACAGCCUUCCGACGCGCCCAGCAGUCCAGCCCGGAUGUUGUUUCGUGAGGGUGAAGCUCUCAUGCGCCAUCCGCACAGAUGUUUGGCGCGCUGCUACGCCAUGUUGGAGUUGCCGCCGGACUUCCCUGGGCUGAUGCGCGGCUAUGUGGCCAGCACUCCAGCUCUGGUUCUGGAGCUGAUGCAGGAGGGCUCCCUCACCAGCAUCAUGCACAAGCAGAUGCUCACCCCUUGGAAGUUCAUGUACGACAACAACACGGCACUUGCAUGGGGUAUACAGCUUGCCUCGGCACUGGCGCACCUGCAUGGCAGCAGCCCCGCGGUCAUCCACCGGGAUGUGAAGAUGGAUAAUGUGAUGCUGCAGCGGCCGGGGGCUGGCGCUGGUGGGGGUGGCCCAGAGGGGCCAGCUGCUGGGCAGGAGGAGGAGGAGGGGCAGGGAGCAGCUAAGCAGGCUGGAGAAAGAGGAGGGGACGUGGGGGAUGCAGAGGGGAAGCGGCCGGUGGCUAAGCUGGUGGAUUUGGGGCUGUGUGUGACGCCCGUGGAGCUGGAGUGCUGCCGCACGCAGCAGACCCUCUACCGCACGCCUGUGCCCGAGGAGGGCGACCGCCGGACAGCCCACCCCGCCGCCACCGGCAGCAGCAGCACCCCCACAGCCGCCAUCAACUACAUCAGCUCUGUCGCCCCCGCCUACCCCUUCGCGCCCACAGCCCAUGACAGCAGGAUCCGAGACCGCAUCUCCGGGCCCCCUGGAGCCAUGAGCUUCUCCCUACACAGCGAGGCGGGCGCUAACCCCGCUGGAACCCAGGCAACACCGCUGUUCUUCGCCUGUGAGAAGGGCAGCCCUGCGCUGGUGCCUGUGGAUCCCUUUGGGCCGGGCUACAAGGACCUCGCGCUGCCGCUGCCGGUCAUCGGGACUCCGGAGAGGCUGGGAACGCAGCAGGAAGAGGAGAGCGAGGCAGCAGGCGGGGAGGCUGGCAGGCGGGGCAGUGUGGAUGAAGGCAGGCGGGCCACUACUGCCAGUGGCGGGGUGUCGCCCUCGGACUGCGUGAGCUUGGAGUUCCAGAACUCGCUUGCGUCCUCCAGGGGGGGAGCUCCUGCGGCGGUCGCAGCAGCAGGGACAGGGACAGGGGUGGCGGCGGUUCCGAUGUCACCAGGGCUGACGACAGCAGCAGCAGCGGCAGGGGUGGCAUCGGCAGCAUCAGGAGGAACAGCGGUGGCAGGGACCUCUUCAGGGCUAGCAGCAGCAGCAGGAGUGGGAGCCGGAGCAGGCCGGCAGGAGAGCGCCCCGUGGGAGGAGGUGCUGGCGACGGCGCGUCAGCCGCAGCUGCAGACACGACCUCGACCGCCCUCUGCGACACCCCUGCAGGUGAGGCAGCAGCAGCAGCAAGAGCCGGAGAGGCUGCUGCUGCCGCAGCCCCAGGAGCAGCAGCAACAGCAGCAGCCUCCUUCAUGUGUUGCUGGCCGUGCACAUGCAUGGGAUACGCCUCACGAUGAAGGCCUGCAGCAGCAGCAGCGACACCGAUUAAACAUGGACUUGGAGAGCAGCUUGGUAGCGGCUGAGGUCGCUGGCUGCAGCGCUCGCAGUGGCAACGCUGUGGGUGCUGCAGCCAGCGGUGGUGUGACACAGUUGCCAGUUGUCGUUGCUGCUGCUGACUGCGCCACGUCCGGUGCUGCAGACACGGUCAGGGAAUGCGGCGGCACUAAGAUCGGCCCCAUCAACGGCCAUACCCAGCAGCAGCAGGGCUCUCCUGCAAGGUCCACUGCAACACCAGUAAUGUCAUGCAAACCCACACCGUCCCCUCGCUCGCCAUUUUCCGGACGCAGCAGCAUCAGCAAUGAACAGCGCUCCCGAGCUGCGGCUGGCCCUUCUUUCAGCAGCCCUGGGGCGGCACACGCACCGGCACACGCACCAGCCGCCUCCCUGUCCUCUAAUGGCUUUGUGACGAGUGCCACCAGGAGCGCUGCCGCACAUGGUAGCAACAGCAUCACGGGGUCAGUAGCGGCGUCCUGCGGCCUCCCGCACAUGAAGUUCCUCUCAGAGCACAUGGAAGCGUUGCAAUCGCCUGCAGCCCCCUCGGCUGCUGCAAGCUCCCCCUCCAAAGUGCUGCCUGUAGGCGACGUUGUGGAGGGAGGGGUCCCGCGGGAACCGUUGCAAAGCAGGGGGCCCAUUGCUGUGGCGGAGUCCCUUGAAGUUGCGGAGGCGGCGACUGCGGCUGCGAGGGUAGCGGAGCAGCAGGCAGAUGAGGAGGAGCAGCAGCUGCAGCAGCAGGUGGGGGCGGCCGCCCCGGUGCUGCCGGGUAUUGCGGGGCAGCGGGAGCAGGUGUGGCGGCUUACGGGGCACACAGGCUCCUUCAUGACCAUGGCGCCGGAGGUGUACAUGGCCCUGCCGUACAAUGAAAAGGCCGACGUGUUCAGUUACGGUGUCGUACUGUACGAGAUCUUCAGUCGUACCCUGCUUGCCGUGUCGCAUGUGGGCACCCGGCGCGCUGACCUGCCCCAUGUGCUAGCCCGCUGCGAGGAUUACACGCAGGCGGUGUGUCACGGCUACCGGCCCUCCAAGCUGGCUUGCAUGCCGGAGGCGGUGUGGGGCAUCAUCCAGGACUGCUGGCACCCCGACCCGCUGCGGCGGCCCCCCAUGCAGCAGGUGGAGGCCCGGUUGCGUGCGCUGGCGCAGAAGGGCGACUUGAAUGGCGGGCAGGGCGGGGAUGGGGAUGGGGGUGACGGGGGUGAUGGGAAGGGCGGUGCGGAGGCCACGUGUGCGGAGUGCGUGGUUUGUUAGGUUGGUUGCCUGAUAGGUUGCUUGCGGAAAUGCGGGGCUGGGAUGUUGGGCGGUUGGAGUGAUGAGUCCGAGGAGGGGUUGCUGGGCAGGGGGCGCGAUGCUGUGAUGCGCUUGGUGUGAUGCGCGGGGAUGGGUUGUGUGGCGCGUGUGUUAUGAAGAUAGCGAAAGACAUAAUGCGCCAAGCUUUUGGCCCUAGUCGUGUUGCUGCAUGAUUUGCUAGCGGUUACCGGUAUUAGUUUGGGAAGUUGUUGUUUGGGGGGGGCAUCAAUCUCGUCUGCUACCCAUUUCGGAGCGCUUACAUGUGAAGUAGUUUUUAGACGCCAUUGCGCUUUACAGCACACCCGAGCUGCUGCCGGGGGCUGGCUCCUCGCUGGAAACGGCUGAGACGGCUUUCAGCUUACAGAAUAGCUACCGUGAUUCAUGAUGGGUUGUCCUAGUUGUCGGUUUUGCAUCCCUGUUGUGGUCGAUGUGGUACAAGGAGAGUAACACGGUGGUACGUUGGGAGUAAGGAUAGGUGCUGGGAUAGCUCACGUGCGCGUAAGUCAUUUAUUAAGAGACCCAGCUAGGGCAUGCCUGGUGUUUGUCUAACCACUUAUAUACCCACACACGCGGUUUGCUUCUGGGUGCAUAGUGCAUGUACCUGCAUUCACGCUGGGCGCUGGGGUGGCUGCUGCUUGCCGGCCUCCCGUGUGUAUGCCUAGCUGUUAUAAUAUUUAUUGGCUUGUCGUUUUACAAGCAAUCUCGUAGAAGAGUUGCUUGCGAAGGCGCUGGGGUGCUUUGCGUGAAAGGAUGGAUACGCCCCCGAUCUGAGCUGGGACAGCAUCUACGGAAUGCGAGGCAGCAAGGGGUUGCGGUGUUUAGGCGCAUGACAUAUAUUAAUAUUCUGGCACGCACCAUUUCCACGCACACAGCGAUCUGUUAUGAAGGGCGCGUUGUUGACGAUCUGCUGUUUAAUAAGGGCCAGCGGUUGAUGACAGGGGACGACCCGGGGGUCAUCAAGCCAUGUUUCACACAUACCAUAACUAGCAUUGCUGAUGUGUUUCUGUACUUCACCUGCUGACUGCUGGCUACUUAACCUAACACACAUUAGGCUAGCAGCCAACCACUACUUCGGUCAUCAAGACCCGCUAUAGCUCCUUAGUAUUAUGGCUUUGAGGCCUAUUAUCUCGCCUUUAUACGGGCGCUUUCGUUGUUUGGUUGCUGGAAGAAGGGCCCAGGGUGCGGGGAUUUCGGCUGCUGCGCGCCGAUGGCCUGUUGUUUAAUUGGGUCAUGCAUACUCCUCAAGUGCCGAAGCGAAAUCUUAUGGAUGCAUUUGGCGGAUUUGGAUGUAUGGUGAGAUGGGGG